AUGACGAACCCUCACCUCGACGUUCCGAUCCAGCCAUUUCCCGAAACUGACACGCGCUUGGAUUACAUAAAAACCGAGAUCGUCGCACGAACCUACAAUGAGUGGUCCCCAGGGGAAUUCGACAGCAAGGUCGAGGAGUCUUUCCUCGAAGUCAAGUCCCAUCUGGUUGGCACCUCCCUAGGGCUCGUCUCGGCGUAUUGGCUGGGUUGGUUGGUUCACUUCCACGUGUGGGAUAAAGCCAUGAAAGACGUGCCAUUCCACGACCGCAAGCCCUUCCCUUGGGCCAAGUUCGUCCCAUCUCGCGAGCCACGAAAUCCCGAUGACGAAAGUACCGAGAUUAUCACUUAUAGAGAAACACCGCGCCCGCUGAAGGCCAACCAACCGUUUCCACCCGCCUAUAACAUACCCGCUUGCCCCAUGACAGAUCUGUUCACCAGAAACGACGAGACUGGUCUUUUGUCUACCGGCCGAAAACGGGAAGUAUGGAGAGCCGUGUUUCCCGCGGAUAAUUGCGGGGUUCGACCUUUCGAAAUACGCGUUCCAAACCUGUACCAUCCCUUGGAGUUUUCCUACGACCUGGACGAGGCGAACAGACUGAUGGGGCCCACGGCCAAAGCAGAGGUGCUCGAUAGUGAAGACCCCCAGGGUCGGCGUAUCUUGGUAUUGGCCUUCGGUUUCACGACCGGGCCUCAUGGCCCAGACACCACUGUCCACUUGCAGGAAAUCGCCACUGCAUACAAGGUCACCAUGGGCUGGGCCCGAGAUACAGCACUCUCCGGCGUUUAUAGGCCACUCUACAAGUCCUUUAGGCGGUUCAAGGCUACCAAAGCGCGCUUGGAAACACUGUUGUUAGACAUGUGGUCUGAGCCGUCGUAUGAUUCUGACUUUGCAUGA